UGGCAUGGAUGACAGUUCAACGCCUUCGGCUCACAUCGUUCAUACACAGGCUGAGCGUCAUAGGGCGCCCUCUUUAGUCCGUGUUGUAUUUUCCUGGCUAAACAAGAUGGCGGCGCCCGUCGGACAAGUUUGUGGGAGGUUCAUUUUUCAAAGACUGUCUAAGAUUAAGAAUGUCGGGAUAUGCAGCCAGGCUUUUUGCACAGGACAGGAGAAAAAGCCUGGAUUAGUUUUAGGUGUUUACAGCAAAGAAGACGACAAAGAAGAAGGUUUCAUCUUCACAAAAGCUGCCGAAGAAGUCAACAACAGAACAUCUGGGAGACUGCAGGAUCUUCUCAACAUUGCUGGGCCGACCAUCAAGCAAGGAAAAACCAAGAUUCUCUAUGACAUCAAACAGGAUGAUUUUAGCAGUGUUGCAGUGGUAGGUCUCGGCAAGCAGUCGGCCGGACUUAGUGAAUCUGAGCAAAUAAAUGAAGGAAAAGAAAACAUCCGAGCGGCCGUCGCUGCUGGAGCUGCUCAGCUUAGGGAGGAGGGUGUGAGAAACAUCAGCGUGGACCCGUGCAGCAACGCUCAAGCUGCUGCGGAGGGUGCCAGCCUGACUCUCUUUACGUACGAUGAACUGAAAGACUCAACCAACAGGAAACCACAUGUAGAGCUUGGCCUCUAUGGUGAUCAAGAAAGUUCAGUAACGGACCUGUGGAAUAAGGGCCUUACAUUGGCGAGCAGUCAGAACUUUGCCAGGAGGCUGAUGGAGAUGCCGGCCAACAAGUGUACUCCGAGAAGGUUUGCAGAGAUCACUGGAGAGCAGCUGAGAGUAACCAAGACCGUACUAACCAGGGCCCACACUGUGCACUGGGCAUUAGAAAAGAACAUGGGUGGGUUCUUGGGUGUCUCCAAAGGUUCAGACCAGGCUCCAAUCUUCCUUGAGAUGUCGUACACCGGGACCAACCCUGAAGUCCAACCUCUCGUCUUGGUUGGCAAGGGAGUCACAUUUGACAGCGGCGGUAUUUCCAUCAAACCAGCCAAAGGUAUGGAUCUCAUGCGAGGUGAUAUGGGCGGGGCAGCUGUGGUUGCCGGGGCAAUGGAUGCCAUAGCGAUGCUUCAGCUGCCAAUCAAUGUGGUUGCUCUGGCGCCGCUCUGUGAGAAUCUCAUCAAUGGAUCCGCCAUGAAGCCUGGGGAUGUUGUCACGGCGAUGAAUGGGAAGACGAUACAGGUCGAUAACACUGAUGCUGAGGGGAGACUCAUCCUCGCUGAUGCUCUGAGCUAUGCCUGCUCAGAGCUCAAUCCAAAGGCAGUCAUCAAUCUUGCGACCCUAACAGGAGCCAUCGGUGUUGCUCUUGGUUCAGCAGCUACGGGAACAUUCACAACCUCAGAAUCCCUUUGGUCCAGUCUUCAUCAGGCCGGUAUAGAGACUGGGGACAGACUGUGGCGGAUGCCAAUAUUCCAACACUACAGCUCUCAGGUCAACGAUUGUCAUCUAGCGGACCUCAGCAACAUCGGCAAAUAUGAAAGGGCUGGUUCAGCCUGCACGGCAGCAGCAUUCUUAAAGGAGUUUGUGACUAUCCCUGCUUGGGCCCAUUUAGACAUAGCUGGUGUGAUGGAGAAUACAGAUGAGAUCCCAUAUCUUGGGAGAGGCAUGACUGGUCGUCCGUUGAGAACGAUUGUAGAGUUUGCUGAAAGAAUGGCCCACCAGUCUUAGAUCAAGUUCACCCACCCACACCAAUUAAGUGAUAAAAUAGACUUUAGAAAAGCAGCCUUCUCACGGUCAAAUUUGUUUGACUUUAAUUCAGUCUAACAUUUAUUUCCAUCUUGUAUGCUUGAUGAGUACAUAAAAGAAAUGCAAAAAGCCAAUAUUGUGGAGGCCAAGGCUUGUAGUGCAGUGGCUUUAGAAGAGGUAAAACACAAGACAUAUUUAAUUACUGAAAUAAUUAAUUAACUAGUUAAUUAAUUAUAACAAGACAAAUGAUCUGAUGGGGGCAAUUGGUCUGAAGAAAAAAUUGUGAUAAGAGACUUAAACUGCACAGAUUAAAAUCUGCCUGGAGGAAGCAAACUGGGGCAAUAAACCCACAGGAAAGACUGUGCUACAUAUUGGGAGAUAAGUUACUCUUUAAAGCCAUUGGACCCUUUUGGUACAGAAAAAAAAAAA